CGCCACUCCCCUGUCUUUCCAGCAUCAGCACCUCCAAACCAAACCCACCGAGGCGAACCGCACCGAGAAGAGGAUGCUGUCGAGCCCACUACCAGCACCGACAGACUGUCAUUGUUGUUUUCCCCCACAUUUAUCUCGCCUCGGUCAUGAUGCACCAUUCAUGCAUCUGUAAGAAUGGAAGCAGACAGCUAGCUUUAAAAUAGCCUCUCCAUCACAAGCCACUUUCCUGGCCUUCGCUCGUUUGAUGGAGCUCCUUUUCAUUUAGGUCAAAGUGAUGCAGAGCGGGGGUUUAUCUUUUGAGGACACCGCACGAAUGUAGCGCUAAUAGAAGGAAGCCAGGCAAACAAAAGGCAUCCAUCCCGCUUCCUCUGGCGCACCUGGCUGCCCUGUCGCCCCUUGACAUGACUGCAGCGCGGAACCGGGAGCAGAGAAGCAGGAUCGAGCGGCACCGUGCAGCCGGACGUGUGGACUCAACAAGGAAUAAAGGAGCCUCCGGACGCACGGGGGAGAAUCAGCAGCAGCCUCGGGGAGGCCAGAUUGCAGUUUGUGGGGACGAGCGCCAAGGGCAGUGCGGCAGUCAGCAAGCAGACCGGGGGGAGGAGGCUGCAGUGAUCUGUGAUACUUCCCCCUUAGUCCCGGUACUGCCCUCUCACCUCCAAAGCAUCUCCAAUAUAUGCUAGUGCAAGCUGAUUUGAUGUUUGAUGAAUGGUGACUGCUUUUCUUACCACCGCUUCCCUCCAAACUGUCAGAGAUGAGGAGCUAUUAAAAGCCAUUCUUCAGGCAAGGGUGGAACCUGAAGAGGACUGAUGUGCAUGUUGGCCAGGUGUCAUUUCCUCCCUUGUUUUUUGUUCACUCUGCUGGUCAGCUGCACUAUGGGCUGUAUUCAAAGCAUCGCGUGCAAGCCCCGCAUCAGACGGGAGAAUAUCGUGGUGUAUGAGGUGUCAGCCUCUAUCGACCAGUGUCCCACCAUCAUUGAGGAGAACUCACCCAUUGUACUUCGCUACAAGACGCCAUACUUCAGAGCCUCAGCAGGGGUUGUCAUGCCACCAGUGCCCCGGAAUGAAACUUGGGUAGUGGGCUGGAUCCAAGCUUGCACCCAAAUGGAGUUCUACAACACAUACGGUGACAUUGGCAUGUCCAGUUGGGAGUUGCCAGAGCUGCGAGAGGGUCGGGUUAAGGCCAUCAGUGACUCAGAUGGCGUCAGCUAUCCCUGGUACGGAAACACCACUGAGACGGUCACCCUCACCGGUCCCACAUCUAAACCAUCCCGCCUGACGGUCAGCAUGAACGACAACUUCUACCCAAGCGUGACCUGGGCUGUUCCCAUCAGCAACAGCAACACACCCAUGCUGACCCACAUCACCAGGGAUCAGAGCUUCAUCACCUGGCUGGUGGCCAUGAACUCCAUCACCAAGGAGCGUAUUGUACUGCAAACAGUGCGGUGGCGGAUGAGGGUGGACAUCGCUGUCAACCCCGACAUGCCUCUGGGCUCACGAGCCUCACUGGUGGGUCGGCCUUAUCAGGAGCAGCCGCACAUCCUCAACUACCAGGAGCCCAUCCCUCCCAACGCCCUGGGGAGGCCAAACGCCAAUGAUGCCCAAGUGCUAAUGUGGAGACCACGGCGAGGGGCACCACUAGUCGUUAUACCGCCAAAAUAAGAGCCUUGGAUGUUUGCACAGACAUAAAUUAUUGUCUCUUCUUGCCAAAACAGAAGAUGAGGUGUUAAAGCCAACAAGAGAAGUGAUGAAUAUCCCAGUGGUGGAUAAUCAGAGUGGCUCUCACAAUGUCAGAACGAACGUCUGCAGAGAACUGGCGUUGCAUCAAGUGUUAUUUGGCCAAGAGUUGCAUUUAAAGAGCUUUGCCAGCAUUUUUACAACGAAACUCUUUUUAGAUGCACCACAGAGGUAUUUGAUCCCAAACGAGAACUGCAUCCUGCAUCCUUAUGUAGAUCUUAUUGCAUGCGAUGAGCGAAACUGUCCUUGACAAGAUUAAGAAUCGUAUUUGUUUUGUAUACUUUGAGGACUUUUUGUGAUUGAGAAGUCACAUCAGCCAAAAAGAAACAAACAGCAGGCUGAUACCUCUUCAGUGCCAUUAAAGGCCUUCCGCACACUCAUUUUCAGAGUUAAAGAAUGUAUUAAGAUUAAUUUAAAAGACGUUUAAGUAUAAUAUUUAUCUUUUUAGGUUAAGACCAUGCAUCAGACUUAUUGUAACAAUAACUAUCAGGUCAGUAUGAAAUGUGCAUCCCUGGAGCUGGAGAUUAUAGCACAAUGAAUUCAUAGAGAAAACAUCUACACUCUGAGGAACUGCAUCUACUAUCAUGUUAAGGCUAUUUUUUGUUAUGCUUCCAACAAGGGCACGGACCAGUGCCGGGUAACACAUUUAAAACAAAACGGUAAUUGCACAUGUCACAUUUGGAACCAGGCCGAACUGUACUCAAAUAGUUGAGCGAAUGUGAUGCUAAUCAGGCCAUCUUAUCAUUACGGAGAUAGAGUUGCAUACAUUUUUAGACAAUCAGGGAAUCCCACUGUACUUCUGUUAGAGCGGAAUUAAACCAGAACAUAUUUUGACAAGGAUGGAUCAUUGUUAACAUUUCAUCCACUGUGUAGCAGUGAGUUUCUGCAGAUAAUCACCAAUGAAAGCCUUCCUGUGUCGUGGUUCUGGUCCGGUUCAUGCUGAGCUCCGUCCAUGUCUUUGCCUGCCACUCCACGAACAAGUCACAUGGCUUACCUUCCAUCUGUGCUUCUCUCCAGGUUCACAUCUCACCCUCCCAUCUGCCUCAUUUCUCUGUCCACCUCAGCACACAAACACACUACCUCCAUCCCAAACUGCUCAUUUGCUCUGAAGGCCACAACUAUGCAAAGGUUGCCUGAGUGUAUAAAACAAAAAAAACGAAUCUGGGAAAAUACCUGUUUCGAUUUUUUUCAUCUGCAGUUGUUUGUAAGGGUGUUUGUUGAAUAAAAUGGCCAAUACAACCAUGUAAAUACUCAAAAAGAUGCUCUUGCAGGAUGUAUUGAUUCACCCUCAUGUGUUGCUGUAGCACAGCUCAUUCAGCAACAUUUGUCUGUUGCUAUAGAGACUGCUUUGGGUUUCUCAGAGUGCAGUGGAACUACAAAACAAAUGUUCAAAGUAUGUGUGUGUCUAUGUGAAAGAGAAAGAGACAGAUUUCACACAAGGCCUUAUGUUCAUUUCUAUGUGAAGGAUCAAAGCAAUCCUUAAUUUAUUCAUUUGUUGCUACACAAAGACAUCAAUUUGGCAAUCAGAGGCACGUCCUCCUUACUGCAGAAUGGUUGCUCACCACUAGAUGGAAGCUCUGUCAAGAAUUCUCUCUUUGAAACGCCCCCUUUUAAAGACAAACACUCCCUUGUGUACAACAACCAGCCCUUUAUAAAUAUGGAUUUACAAGAUGAGAAGUCACAUCCUGCUCCCUCUAAAAUGUUACUACUUUAUAAUUGUGUAUUCUUCAACACAAAGGGCCUGAUCUACUCAAAGUUAUCAUGUAUAAAAACACUUGUAAACUUAAACUUGAUAGUGUAAAAAAAGCUCAUCUACUAACAGGAUUUAUGAAUAUGCAGAUUAUCAGAAAGCACAAAAUAUUGUCAGAAGAAGAUGCAAAUGGCAUCAUUUUACACCUGCAAUGUGAUUUAUCAAAUCUGAAACCUGUUUGCGGUCGGUGUAUUUAGAGAUCUAGAGACAUUUAGUCCAAUGAGGUUCAUUUGGUCUAACUUUCAUACAUUCUAAACACUUCUUUUUACAGACCAGAGUUGGAGCACUCUGAGGAACACUGCAAGUGGGCAUUCAAAACUGUCAGGUACGAAAAAAAUAGCCAAUACUGGUCUGUAAAAAGAACUGUUUAGAAUGGACUAGAGACAUUUGUUUUUUGAGUCACAAAAAGGAGCCAUACAAACAUCUAUGGGAAAACUCCUUGCAAUACUGCAUUUUAUUGCGUGUGGAUUACUCCAGCUGCCGGUGUAAUAACGAAUCGUGCUACCCUGUCAUGUGCCUUAGCGCAAUAGUGUGGAUUUUAGCGUGGAUUUCACCUGGCAAUGCAACUGUCGAAGCAAUGUGUGAGUAGAUAUAGCUUACAUAGCUAUAUCUACUCACACAUUACUUCGACAUUUUCAGUACAUUCCGUACAUUUACCACAUGGUCACAUGAACAUCAUAACCUAAUAAAUCAUAAAUUUAAUAGCUUAAUAGGUUGUCGUGUGAAACAUGUAUAUUGAAUGAUAAAAUACACUAAUAUCACAGUUAUUAUGAUGAUGUGAUGUCUGCUGGAGUUCACCAGCGUUUUUAUUUGCAUCCUCCACCACAACCUCUUUGGGGUUUUUUUUUUCCUC